CAUGUGCAGGCAGCGAGCGCUUUCAUGGCCUUUUCCUGAUUUCCCUGGCGAAUUUCCCCCUGCAUUCUGCCUUCAGAGAGACUCAGCCCCUCUUUUUCUAACCUUUGUCUAGGCUGAGGUGUAUGGCAGUCGCCCUCAUGUUUGUGCCCCGCUCCCCCAAACCCGCAGCAUGUCCCUCCGCCGCUGCACUGACACUUCCCCGGUCCAGCGCCUCCUGCUCUCCCGCGCCCACGGAGGGAUGCGCGGAGACCCGCGCCCGCCGCCGCGCCGCCUGCAGCCCCUCGUUCUUCUCCCACCCUUCGAUGCCCCCGCUGCCGCUAUCUCCUCCGGCACACGGAUUGCUACGCUGGUGCAAAAUGGAUUACAGCGACCCUCCCGGGCUUCUCCGCAGGCGGGCAAUGCCGCGAACCGGUCUGUGCCCACGGAUUAUCCAAAGGAACCUGAAGAUCCUACUCACACAGUUAAAGUCAAAAAUCAAGAAAAAACGUGGCUGCGAGUGGCCCGGGCCGACGACGUGAGGCGCGGGGCGGCGGUCAAUGUUAUUUGAGCGGGGGCCGCGGGCCUCGGCGAUCGCAGAGCAGAGGAUGCAGAAAGCCGCCUACUACGACAACGCGGGGCUCUUCGGGGGCUACACCUACAGCAAGGCCGACGCCUACCCCUACGGCGCGGCCCACCAGCCCUACGGCCAGGCCGGCCUGGACGGCGAGUACCCCGGCUCCGCCUGCUCCGUCCAGGGCUCGGCGCCCGGCCGCGCCCCGGCCCACAAGGGCAGCGAGCUGAGCGGGAGCUGCAUGCGGCCGGGCGGGGGCGGCCCCGGGGGCAGUCAGCCCCCGGGGAUCGGCGAGCACCAGCCCCCGGCCCUGCCGCCCUCCUCCCCGCCCAACCCCCCUCCCAGUGUGCCCCCUCCGAAAAAAGCUAAGGGGGGCCCCAACUCCUCGGGCUCGGCCAGCGCCACCCUCAGCAAGCAGAUAUUUCCUUGGAUGAAGGAGUCCCGGCAGAACUCCAAGCAGAAAAGCACCUGCGCCCCCCCAGGAGAGAGCUGCGAGGACAAGAGCCCGCCCGGGCCGGCCUCCAAGAGGGUGCGAACAGCCUACACCAGCGCGCAGCUGGUGGAGCUGGAGAAGGAGUUUCACUUCAACCGCUACCUGUGCCGGCCGCGCCGCGUGGAGAUGGCCAACCUACUCAACCUGACCGAGCGGCAGAUCAAGAUCUGGUUCCAGAACCGCCGGAUGAAGUACAAAAAGGACCAAAAAGCCAAAGGCAUCAUGCACUCCCCCGUCGGACAGUCCCCGGACCGCAGCCCCCCUCUAAGCGGCCCAAACCACGUCGGCUACUCCAGCCAGCUCCCCGGCGUCAACAGCCUCAGCUACGACGCGCCCUCGCCCACCUCCUUCGCCAAGUCCCAGCAGAGCAUGUACGGGCUGGCCGCCUACACGGCGCCGCUGAGCAGCUGCCUGCCGCAGCAGAAGCGCUACGCGGGCGCGGAGUACGACCCCCACCCCAUGCAGAGCGGCGGCGGCGGCUUCGCCAACCCCAGCCUGCAGGGCAGCCCCGUCUACGUGGGGGGCAACUUCGUGGACUCCAUGCCGGCCUCAGGCCCCAUGUUCAACCUGGGGCACCUGCAGCACCCCUCCUCCGCCAGCGUGGACUACAGCUGCGCCGCCCAGAUCCCCGGUGGCCACCACCACGGACCUUGCGACCCCCACCCUACCUACACGGACCUUUCCUCUCACCACACCUCUCAGGGACGGAUGCAGGAGGCGCCCAAGCUCACGCAUCUGUAGCGGGGCGGCGGCCAGCGGGCCCCGCUCCCCUCUCCAUUACCUCACUUUUCUGACGGGACAGUGUUACUGUGCUCUCGAGUGCCAACAGUAUUAGUGGAUUUGUCUCCCUUAGCAGCUCCCUUCUUUCUCCCGCAGCCCCGAGUAGGUCCGUGAACAGGAGCCUUUCUCUUAGAGCUGUUUUAAGCAUGACAGUGCAAUAUACUGCCAACCGAGGGACUGAUAAGCUGGUAAUGAUGUACUUGAAGGUAAGUCUUAGAGAUGCUGUAGUGUUAGCAGCGCGUCAUGCUGAGGUGUUUUAGACCAGUCGUGAGCCGCCGGAACUCGCCCGCGCGUAAGCUUAUUUCAGAGAAGUUAAUUUAUGAGUUCUUCCGUAACGUAAGGAUCGCAUUGGACUAAAUGAUAUGUAUUUAUUAUUUUAAGCGAGACAUUUUUUGUAUCACUGAUUAUUUAUCCUCGUCUUAAUGUAUUUAUGUGGGUAUUUGUAGAGUUUCUUCACCAAUACUUCGGGAGAGGGAUUCAGGUCCGUGGUGACUUACAUUUCACCUAUUUAGUAUAAUCGGUCUGAGCUAGUUGAGAGAGUAGUCUUGAACAGUUGUAACAGUGGCUGGUGUUUGUAGUUUAUGUAAGGAUUAAUUAAGACAGCAAGUCGUAAAUCAUUAAUAGAGUAAAACAAACUGUGGCAUCACACAAAGAGCCGUUACACUUUAAAAAAAAUAUUGAAAGUAUUUUUAAAGUAUUUAUUUCUAAUCGGCUGGCCCCGCUCGAGCGCCUCGGUGGCGUGGCUGGCAGCUGGCUCGGCCGCGUGAAGCCACCUUUAGUUGGAAGCGCAGCCGCUUUGAGGAGGCGAUCUACAAAGAGGGGCUCUUGGCCAUCUUGUUUCAGAUCAAAUCCUGCAUAUAAAAACCUCGGUGAGGUUAACAUUUAUUUAUUGGCUGGGUAUCUAUCGUGCAUAUUAUUUGAGUGGGCUAUUUUCUUUUUUUCUUUUCUUUUUUUUUUUUUUUUUUUUUUUAAUUACACUCUGGCUAUCCAAAAUAGAAAAGAAAUUAGGAGCUUAGAAGGCAAAAAAAUUAGAAACCCUCUGAUAGUGCUAAUUUCAUUAGGGUCUCCAUAGCAAUCCGCGCAGCAGCUGCCACCUCCUUUGUUAUUUUUAUACUGUUGUCUUUAUACUAACCAUAAAUCAAUUUUUAGACAUCUUUGGAAGGCCGAGCUUUUCCUCUUGUGUUUUUUUUUUCUUUCUUUCCAUAAAUAUAAACUUUGAAAGAAAAUUGACAAUCAGAUACACACAGCCGAAGGGAGACGCUGAUUCGGGGUGCGGGCAGUGGCUGGGCGGUGCCGCCGCGCUCCCCCGGUGCCCGGCAAGGACAGUCCCACCCGGCCUGACCGCGGCAGGGGGCACCGCCACCUCUCCCUGCCACAAACAGGACACUUAACACGGGGAAGAAAAAAUUAAAGUAACAAGAAGAUAGAAAAAAAAAAUGGAAAAAGAAAGGGAACGAUGCUCUGAACCCUGGUGUUUCCUCCUCUCUAGUUACACGGCUGUAUUGAACUCGCUGGAUUUACAGAGAUACUUCUUUUGUAAACGCUGUGAUUAAAGUCUCUUCCUGACAGUACAUAUCGCUCUGAGAAGACUAUUCUUGUCUCUUUCUAAAAGUGUCGAGUUAAAUAUUAAUCCAAACUUCUACAUUCCCCACCAAAGCGUCUGAUGCAUCGCUUUCCAGUCUGACAAACACUGCAGCUCCUACACCAUCCUCUAAUGACAGACCUGGCAUUCCUAUUGUGAGAAAUAUUUUGCCACCUCCCAUUCUGGUCAAUAUAGACAAGUUUUCUUUUAUUUAUUCUUCUUUUCUUUCCCAUCCCAUCCCUGCUUUCUUCUUUGCCAUUUGGUAUUUAUGUUCAGCUGAACACUAAUGAUUUAAAAUAUUACUUAGGGUUUUGUUUUCCCCUCUGUGAGAUUUCAGCAAUGCUGUGAUACAGUGAAAAGUGUAUCUUUUGUUAAAUUCCACUUUUAACCAAGCAAAUUUGGAUAUAUGUGUUACAGAUCUGUAAACAGAACAGAAUAAACUUCUUUGUUUGGAGACAUAUUUUAACCCUUUU